AUGGGACGACUGCUCUGUAUACCGCAGAACAUCAACGACCGACUGAUGAGCCUGCGUCUGCCUCUUUGGGGAUCCAACUUCGCCAACAUCAUCAGCGCCUACGCCCCACCAAUGACCGGCCCAGAGGAGACAAGCACAAAGCUAUACGAAGAUCUGCACGCCCUCCUAGCGUCUGUGCUGAAUGCGGACAGGCUGGUUGCCCUUGGUGACUUCAAAGUCCGAGUCGGGAGAGAAUGUGCUGUCUGGAGGGGAGCGCUGAGCCCUCAGGGGAUCGGGGGCCGCAACGACAAUGGCCUCCUUGUCCUGUGA